GGAUCUGUCAAUGACCGAAACUUUUCCAAUAAGCUUUUCCUUUUUACCUCUAUCAUCUACGCACGAGUGUAUCUUUUCCGUUUAUCGUUUCCACAAGCAAACUGAUCAAUUGAUUUUUCGGCAUUAACCCAUCGGCGAAGAUGAAGAAGGAGGAUACCGUGAAGCUAAUCAGCCGUGAAGGUUUUGAAUUCAUCAUUGAUAAGAAGGCUGCUAUGGUUUCACAGACUAUUCGUAACAUGCUCACCUCUCCAGGGAGUUUUGCUGAGACAGAGCAUGGGCAAGUGACUUUUCCGGAGAUUAACACCACCAUUCUUGAGAAGAUCUGCCAGUACUUUUACUGGUCCCUUCAAUAUGCAAGUGGCAAGGAAACAGAAUUCCAUAUUGAGCCUGAGAUCACAUUGGAAUUGAUGAUGGCUGCCAAUUAUUUGCACACCUGAGGAACAAUAUUACUUUGGGGCCCUAAGGUAUAGAAGUUUGGAAAAAGCAUCAAAUUGCCAUUGGAGCUGGUAGGAUGUUGAUAUUUUUAGUUGUUUCUGACGUUGGCACUGUAACUUUUGGUACAUAUGUUGUCCUCUUCUGCUGGAGAAUGUAAUAGUAUUAAGACAUUUAGGGGCCUCAGUUUUAUCUGUUCCAUGGUUAACCCAUUUUAACAGCAGAAUUUAUCCCCGUGUGGAUGAAUGUUCAUGUAUCAUGUGGUACUUGAAUUUUUAAGGCUCUAUAUACUUGACGUGUUUAGAUGCUUGAAGGGCUA